UAGCUGCGAGCGAAGGGAAAAGGAAAGCUCAUUACCGGGGAUGCGAGGCACGCCAGCCAACUACAGAAAGUGAAUUUUGCCCGUCAGUUCACAUAUUUGUAGCUGUUAUUCUUUCGAGAAGAGGAAACACAUCCGAGAGAACCGAGGACAACAGGUGGUUGAGAAGCGCGAAGUGACCGGGAAUCAGCAGAUGGAAAUCAGGAAGGUCAGCGACUUAGACUCAAAGUUUGGGAGUUACUGAGCAGACCGUUUCAAGAGGCUUUGAAUAAACAAAAAGGAGGCAGGAAAAUGACCUAAUUAGCUCCAAGCGUGACGGACGACCUGGUGCAAAUGUGUUGGUGGUAAUUCCCCCAGUUUCACCCACAACGAAGACACAUGCAUCAGCGUGCAGACACGUACAGCACAUUUACAAACCCUGCCCUUCCCUUCCUGCCAUCCACCCCAGUCCUCCAUGGAUUCCUACAACUUCCACUUUGAGAGAAUGAGCAACGUGGACCUGCAUCCUCUGAGCCUGCCUGUCAGCCGGCUCUCCCCAGCCAAGUCCAACAGCAGCAUCACCGACCAACUUGCCCAUCACCAACACGGCAAAGGAGACUCUGCCUACAGCUCCUUCUCUGGCGGGUCCACUGCCCCAGACUACCCCUCUCCCUUUCUGCCAGACGACCUACAGUCCAGUUCCUUUAGCCACUAUGCUGAUCUUAAGUACGUAAAGUCCAUUUAUCAUCCAAACCAGGUUCUGCAGUCGGAUUUAAAGACCAUGGACCAGCUCUAUCGCUCUGUGGAAGCUAUCUCACAGCAGUACCGCAACAAUACCAACAGCAAAGUAAACCACAACAACCACAAUGGUAAUGACGGCUUCCAUACCAACAACAAAGCACUCUCUAAACAAGAGGUACCUCUAGGGGCUCCAUCUCAAGGUGCUUACCCUUCUGUCCAUCCUCCUCCUGUCCCCGCACGACUGGAUAGUUUCAUAGCCACAAAAAACUUGGAGAACAGCAGAGUCCACCGCACCGUUACUGAGUUUCAACCCCAGCAGCCGCAGCCUCAACAACAGCCCAGACCCCAAACUCGACCCCAGCCACAUAGUCUGAAUACCCCAAGAUCUGAGACGGCUAACCCAGAUACAGGCAACUCAAGCUUCAAUUCUGAGACAGUGUACUCAGUUUGGAGGGGCUCUAAACAGCAACAGCCACAGGCCCAGCAGCCAUCAAGCUACCGCCCCCAUCUCAAGCCUCAUGAUCAGACCAGGGUGCUGUUGAACCCAGAAUACCUUUUUAUCACGGAUAACAAAGCUUCCUCUGAGCAGCACAAGUCAUCAAGCAUUGUAAGCCGAUCACCUCCCCAAGGCACAAGCCAGCCUGAGCACCUGAAGCCUAGAAAGCCCUCAAGCAGUGGUGCAUGCAAUGGAGACCAUCACAACAAGCCCAGUGGUAGCAGUAGCCAUUUUGACAGUCAGCGCAAAAGGGCGCAUUCAGCUCAUGAUUGGCUUGGUUCAGAGCCAUCCCAAGCUGGCAGCCCCUGGAAUGCUGGUCAGAGUUUUAUCAACAGCAGCAUCCAGCAUAAGGGCCAGUUCUACUUUGUCACAGGAGUGUGUAAGCUGUCUGAAUCUGGUAUGAGAACACAUUCUGCAUCUCUGUGUGGGUCUGAGGCUGGGAGUGAGAGCUCCACUGUGUUGGAGACACACCCACUCAGAGAAAAAGAACGAUGCCACAGCACAAUGGAUAAUUUGUUUAGACCUCUCCAAGAGAGCUCUCGCACCUCCAGUGGUACAAUUCCAGAUGAGAGAGAGGUUUUCACUUCUGUGUCCCAGGGCAAGGACCUGUCCCCCAGAAGCCAGGAUCAGGAGAAUCGCAGACUAUCCCUCAGCUCGAUGCAGUCCUCUCGAAGCUUCGAUGCCUUAGAAGAAAUUGACGUGAUGCAGAGUCGCGAGAUUGGCCGCCACACUCCCAAUAACCCUAUAUUCUACUGUGGACCUGACAGAAACUGCCAACCGCAUUCAACCACACAAACAAAAGAGGUCACUUCACUGACAAGCAAUGAACAGCCUAACCACCACAAGCGAGAGGAGCAGGCAAAGAGAGGGAAACGACAACCCUUGGGAGAUGGAGCCAGUGAGAGGAUAAACAAACAAACAACCCCGCUUCUGUACCACCUCACUGGUGCCAGCAGGGCUGCGUUACAGCCUAAAAAGAAUGCUGAUUUCAGUGUAAAAGGUAAGGACGCAAUCCUAAACAAAACAGCUCAUGGAGACGUGGCUGCCAACAAUAAUGAGAGACCUCCAAAAAAUGACACGAGCAAGAGCAAUAGAGGCGAAGUUAUCUCUGCCUGCAACACCCUGGAUGACUCAUUUAAAAAGUACUACAAAGAGAAGCUGAAGGAUGCCCAGUCUAAAGUCCUAAGGGAGACAUCAUUUAAAAGGAGGGACCUACAACUGUCAUGGCCACACCGCAUCAGGCAAAAACCUGAGCUGAGGCCUGCAGUGAUUCACACUUUUUCCUCAUCGCAGGACUCUGAGACCUCCACAGACACACUCACUCCCUCUGUGGCUUCUGAGGAGACAGAGAGGGGGAGUGUAAAAGAAGAAGUAUGGGAGAGUCUGAAAGAGGUGGACAAUGACACUGAAAAGGAAAACGGGAGGCCACCAAAUGUGGCCCAGCCCCAGGUAGCACGCAUUGGGUACAAGAAGCGAUUGACUCCAGAGCAGAAGAAGAUGUGCUACUCUGAACCAGAAAAACUCAAUCAGCUUGGUGGUGCCCCCAUCCACUCUGCUUGCCGCUCCUUUGGCAAUGAAAGUGACAGUGUGUUUGCAGUUGAAUGUGAGGGAGAAGAACAUGUUCAGCAAGGAGAGCAGGGACUGGUUGCAGCACGAAGGAAGAUGUUUGAGACAAGAGGCCGAGCCCUCUCAGCCUCUAGCGCUUCGAAGACAAACUUAAAACAUCUGCAACACAAGGCUCUGGUGGAGUAUAUGGAGCGUAAGACGGGCCAGAAAGUGGCUGAGCCACAGCAACCAGCGCCUCAGUUGCCACCUCCAUCUAGACAGAGGCAUUCUCUGGGUGAGAAACCAUUUGACUGGGUUCCCAGACCUCUAUCAGGAAAUCAUGAUGGCAAGAAGAAGAAACUCCACAGGCCGCACUCUGCUGGUCGUAUCCUUGAUUCCUCCACCAGCUCCAUCAGGUAUGCCCAGUUCUUCUCAGCUCAGUCUUCAGGCCAGUAUUCUAGCCUGUCAAAUCAACUCAGAUGGAGGGAGAGCCAAGGUCCAUCUCAGGGGAAGUCUGCCUCAGUGGAGAGUCUCUUGGACCAGCCAGAACCACCUAAUUUCUUCAGGAACAGAUCCACAUCUACACCACAUGCAUUUGAGGGUCUGCAGGCACAUGACAAUGAGAGGGAUCCAUUACCAGCUAAUUCUAUGGCAACCUGGAGUUCCCAGAAGAAUGCCACUGAGGACUCUUUCAUAAAGCCAGUGCCUGAGGACCAGCAGCGUGUCCGUGUGGUUGCACAGAGGGGAAAGUCCAUGGAAGAGCUUGGGGCAUCAAAGUUAACAAGACCGUCAGCCCUGAGUAAAAGUUCUGAACAGCUGGAUCAACUGUGGAGAGAUUCGACUGGACCAGGCGGACCGGACAGAGAGAAGAGGAGUGUUUUGUUCUUUGCCGAAGUCAAAGAAGCCCAGGACAGAGGAAGGAAGAAACAAUAUUUAACAGAGCAGUCAGGAAAAGAACCAGAGAUUGUCGGCCAGAAGAACAUUCAGGGACAGACGCAAAACCAAACCCAGAAAAAGUCUUUGUUGAAGCAGAACUCAGAACCAGGGGAGGAUGCCACAGAAGGAACUAGGAACUCAAGUAGAUCCACCUCGCCCACCUCCUCCUCCUCUUCCCGGGCCAGAGUUCACUCUGGAUCUCCUGGAUGUCACGGCCCUGUCACAGAUGUGUUCAGGUCCUGUAGUGAGACUUCAUCGAACCCACCGUCCCCCAGAAGCCUAGAGACCAGUGAGAGAGAAAUCAAAUCCACCUCAUCAAAGCUUCCUUGUCAAAACAGGCCCAGCUCCAGUAGAGUCAGGACCUCUCCUUCUGUGACUGGAUCAGAGAGAGAGCAGUCAGUGGAUGAACCAAGCAAUGACGCCCCACCGCCUGAUUCAAACCAUGAAGUGUCUCUCAGCUGCGGCGUCACCACAGAUCCAUCCCUGUGGAUUCUCCCUCCAGAAGAAGAGAUCAAAGAGGAAGUCCAGACCUCACUGCUGACAGACAGCGUUUUUGACGACGAGUCCAACAGCUCAGCCCCUCCACCGCAGACAAGUGAAGCCUCUGUGUCUCCCUGCACCUCCGUCUCUGACGGAGACAUCAGUCAGCAGGUGGAAGAGGAGAAAAAUCCAGAAACGGAAGAUGAGAAGUCGGGAGAAAUCCAGGAGAUGGAGGAGAGGGGAACACCAGAGGGAGAGACGGAGAGCCUGGAGAGGCCAAGUGAGAGGCCUAAGUGGGAGGAGCUUGUGGAAGCAGUGGUCAACGCCGACCAGUCACUGGCCAGAGUGCUCUACCCACUGGCCAAUCGUAAGACGGCACUGAUGCUGAUGGAGCAGCUGCUGUCAGAGGACACGCUGCUCAUGGAGGAGCACUACAAGAAGAAGCAGGAGCAGAAAGGAGCUGCAGAAAGUGAAGCGCUCGAAGGGGCUGAACCACCUCCUUGUCCCUCCGCUGCUGACAGCCUUAAACCUCAGUCUACAGACCUGCAGAGCAAGGCUGACAUCGCUGAGAAGAAGCAUCUCUUAGUGUCCUGUAUCAAGUCGCGUCUAAGCUCGCUGGAAGAGACGCGUGGCGCCCUCCAGACAGAGAUUCAGGAGAACGUGGCCCACGGGGAGGCUCUGGGGGUGCUGGUCCAUGAGCGCUGUCUGCCCGUGGAGCUGGAGAGGUACAACCUGUUCAUCGGAGACCUGGAGAGGGUGAUCAGCCUGCUUCUGUGCCUCUCUGCUCGGCUGGCCAGGGUACAAAACGCCCUGAGCACUGUGGACCAACACACAGAUGCUGAGGAGAAGCAAUCUCUGGACAGUCGCCACCGCCUGCUGUGCAAACAGAGGGAGGAUGCCAAAGAUCUGAAGGAUAACCUGGACCGGAGAGAGAACCUGGUCUCCACCUUCCUGUCACGUCAGCUGUCCGCCGAGCAGCUGCAGGACUACCGGCGCUUCGUCCAGACCAAGGCCUCGCUGCUCAUUCGGCAGAAGGACCUGGAGGAGAAGCAGAGGCUGGGAGAGGAGCAGCUGGAGGCCCUCUCCAACAGCCUGAAUCUGUGAAGGGAGGAGCAACACAAGCACGAAUUCCUCCUUUCGUUCUCAAUGCUCGAAAAGACACGGGGAGAGCUUUGGCUGUACUUUUCUGGCUCGGUUUGCCACAUACACACACGAGGCGUGGAUCAUAAGUGGUCCAGCUGGCACCUCCAACCCUUUGCACCCUGUCAUGACUUUCUUUUGUCCUUUAAAAGAGUUUGAGUUUAAAAGAGGCUACCGAGGAACCCAUCUGCCUGCUCUCCUCUCAUAACUAUAGGCCGCACAUGAGAUGAGCAAUAAAAGAUUGUUGAGACUGAAGCUCAUUGCCUUUCUGUCAUCUACCGAGAGUGCCCGGAACGCUCACCCGCCCAAUUUCCGCCCAUUGUCAGUCUGCACAAUCUGCAGCAAGCAUCUGAAGACGUUUCCCAACAUGUUGUGCAUGUGCCCGUUGACUUUGAAAAGAGGACUGGACUGUUUUUCUGUGUGCCUUGGUAUUGAUUUCGCUGUGGAACAUUUUCCAUUAGAGCUGCUGGUUGGAAACUUUUUGUCCCAUACUUGGCAAUUCGGCAUCUGUCUUUCACUUUUCAUUCAGCUGGUAGUGCUACAGCCCUGCAUCUGCACCUGUGGAAACCUAUUAUAAGCUUUAAGAUUGUAUUUUGACCAGUGAGAAGGCUUCAGUGAAAGAGAGUAGCCUGAGAGGGGGCAGUGUACUGUAUCAUGUCGAUGUAGUAGAUUUAAUCUUUGUUUUUCAUGUUUUUAUUUUUAAAUGUGUUUCAAAUUAAGGCACUAAAAACCAAAAAGGGUGAAUGAAAAAAAAGCACUUUGUAAUGAUACAUAAAUGCACAUUUCUUCAAAUCAGAUUUGUUUUCGAAAUGAUCUCAAGUGAAAGCCUUACUCCAUCCAUUUAAACCAGAUUGCUAUUUUUCUCUCUUUUGCUCGUUCUGUCAUUGAUUUUAAAUAGGAAUGACGAAAUAAUGUUUUUCAGAAGGUACAUGAGCACACCCAGCAACAUUGUGUACAAAUACUUUUCCAGCCAAUUUCAUACUUAAUGUCAUUAAGUCUUGAUGAUUUCAUGCUGGAUCAGUUCCUCAUACGGAGGUGCUAAACCUCUUAAAAGCAGAUUAUAAGUAAGCAAUUAUAUCACUGAGUAUUUUCUCCCAAUGUCCCUUUGUCGCAGAAGUGACACGUGAUACUUGAAAUACUGUUGUUGUUGUUUUUUUUAAGAAGAAAUGUCCACAAUCUUCACUUCAGGUUUCUGAAACUCAUUUUCUCUUCUCUACCUCCACAGUGUAGCCACUUUCAGACACGUGUAGCCUUGAGGUUUAUUUAAAUGUACACAGCUUUAGUUAAAAAGCUCUUCUUGGUAGCCCUGGAUGAUAACACGCUCUUGAAUCAAAUGAUUUUCCCCCCUAAUUUCUAAAAAGUCUCAGAUUGUGUUUUGAAAUUGCAUGAAUUUCUUUGUACUGAAUCUCCAAACACAUCGGAGAGUUGUUCUAAGAGUGAUGCAAGCUGUUGCUUUGCAUCAGAAUAUGUGCUGCGUGUGUGUGUGUGUGUGUGUGCUUGAAUCCAUGAUUAUGUGUGUAGAGAUUAGUUGCUGAACAGAAAGACAGAACUCCUGUCGGUGUUUGCUGUGUGCGUUUUCAACAAAACUCCUAAGAAGUGAUCAAAUUGUAAGCGUCCCUCAGGAAAUUCUACCUGUUGGCUGUAUUGAAAAAAAAAAGAGAGAUCCAGUAUAUGGGUUGACUGCUGUGUAUAUGAUAUUUAUGUAAUAAUGACCACAACGAGGCAGAGCAUCAUUAGCAACCUCCACACUCAAAAAAAAAAUCAUUUCUUCAGUCACUCAAAAUGUAAAAAAAAAGUGGACAAAAUGACUAAACGCAUGCUUUCCCUCAUAAACUGGAAAGCCUUCCUCUCUGGUAGAUAUUUAAAUGUUUUUCACUGUACAGUCUCACCACCCCCGCCAUCGCCCCCCAACUAUUUCUCUGGAGGUUUGCAUCUGUGCCCGUUAAUGUUUGCUAAACAAGUGUAUGUUUGUUUUGGCCUUUGUGCUGACGCAGGGCUGACGGUUUAGAGAGACUCUCAUGUUGUUCCCUACAGCCUGCUGGGAUUCCUGAAGUAUGCAGAAGACCAACAUUUUGGAGAAAGAAAGACUGAGGAAGGGGGGAGAAAGUGUGGAAAAUGCUUCCACAAAGGAGCAGCACACAAAUAAAUACUCAUUUUAGUUCUUGCUGUGUGUUCAUACUAACAAACAUUUGACAACUUCCUGGGUCAUUUCUUCUGUCAUUCAAUCAAAGCAGUGUUUUGUGGAGGUUGCAGGAAAGGGGCUUGUUUUUGAAGUAGGAUUAUAUUUUUCUUUUAGUCCGGGAUUUCGUUUCACACAAUGGAGGCGUGUGACAUUGAUACGAACAGAUCCUGCUUUAAAGCCGAGAAGGAAAGACAUAUUUGAGUGUGUCCCGGCUGGUGGUAUGACAGCAGACACAUUUCUAAAUCCACUCUUUCUGCUAUAUUUCACACCUGUUUUCCGUUGAGAGUUUGAGUCGUCUUUUUUGUGCCUGUUUGGAAUUGUAAAUUCCAUGAUGUUUGUAAUAUUGUGAAUAAAUUAAGCUCUCCCUCUCA